AUCUUCUCGCACGAGCUUCUUUGCCGAAUUGCUGUUUUUUUCUUUAUGCGAUCAUUAGCCACGAUCGCGCGCACACACACAGGUUGAGUGGCUUCACAAUUCAUUUAACUCAAUGAAUCCGCAGGUGUGCUUAGUGUUUCUCACUCUUUCUUUCGAUUCAUUUCGCUGUAAUUAGAGACUUCUUGGUCGGGCAGCGCCAAACCGUGCUCCCCGGUAUCGGCUGUUCCCCUUCAAUGCCGGGGCUGAUUAAUAGUCCGAUCCGAUCGCAUCGCUGAACCGUAGCCGUCGCGGCGUUCCAUCGAUCCUCCAACUUGCUGCCAGCUUUUCUUUUGGUGAGGCAACAAGAAAAACCCCCCCUGGCGAAUGCGAAAUGUGCCUUCCCAGGGCACAUCUUCAAACGAUCAUUUUCCGAUCGAGAAAUGUCCGGAAUGGUGUUUGUUGCUGGGGUUUUCCACUAUCGCUGUGGCCCACUAGCGUCUAUUUGGGUUGUGGAGCUUGGAUGGUGCCCUCAGACCGUGGGCUUCCGUGUGAGUGAGUGCUGCCCGCUCGAAUACUUCGAAUUACUUCACACUUCACUGGUCCAUCACCCGGGCCGCACCAUGAAAGUCUUUCGUGAAAUGCCGUGGAACUUGGUGCUGCGUGUCCAGGAGGGAUAAAUUGAUGGCGCGGGCAGUCCGUGAUGGCCAGCUGACGAUGGCGGAAUAGAUUUAUUACACGCAUCAAAUUGCAACUUUGCCGUCGAUGCUUCACUCUCUGCACCCGACGACGGACGGGAGUUGGCAGAGUUGUUUUGUGCGAAAGAAGUGGAAAGAAUUUUCUUUCUUUUCACCAAACCGCGUCUCACAGACACAGUGCGCGAGGAACUGGAACCGAUGCGGCAAUUAGUGGAAAUCGAAUCGAUGCUCCCAACGUUUCAUUCUUCCUCUGGAGCGUUUGCUCGAUAAUCAGUCGAAGCUUCGGUUUCCGCACCGUUGACUAUAGAUUAAUAGAAUUUUUAUUGAUCAAGCGUAAUCAGUAGUGGAGCUGAGUUUUAAUGAUGAAUUUGUGCGUUUUCGCUCUUACACACCGCCUCCGUCUCUCCCUCCCUGUGGGUGAGUGUAUCAGAGAACCUGGCUGAUCAGGGUUCUGGUUGACUAAGGUUUCAGCUCACAUCAAAGCAAGAAGAUGGCCAGCACCGAAGAUCUUCCGCCCGACCGGAACCAAAUGCCGUUUGUGAAUGCGUGUUCGGUCGAAAUGCUCGCUCUGUUUCGAGUUUUUAAGCUAUUUCAUGAUCAGGUUGAUCACCUAACGCCCCAAGUCUCGCUCCGAUCAAUGUUUGACCGCGGCUCGAUGAUUCAUUGCAACCGGGGACCGGACGAGAAUCUUGUUUUCGUUUUCGAAAAUGCCGAACACACAUCAGUCGACGUACGGAGCCAAUGAACUGUUAGAUUUAAUUGAAUUACACAUUUUUAACCAUCCACAGCUUGUGUGUGUGGAUAUUUUUAUGACACAUUUAAAGCUUCAUCCGAUUAGUUGUAACACAAUUAAUGAGCUGUUCGAAGUUUAUUGCUUUGUUUCGAGUAUAAACGUACUGUUUUGUAGUUGCUUGCUGUUUUACAGCUUCAUUCUCCUUAGUCGAACGAACGAGCGUCUCGCGAACAUAUCUCGACGCGAAUGUUUCAUCGGCAAAUCAAGAAAUUUGGCAUCCCUGCCCUGUCUUGUGUUCAUCUAUCGCAAUUGAUGGGUAAAUACAAUUAAAACUCUUUAAACAUUUGGUCGAUAGCGUACCACGGCGUACAUCCUUCCUUAUUUUUAGCAGGCUGCUCCUGCUCCUCUACCAAACUUGCGUCAAAUUAAUCAUCAACAAACUCCGACACGAGAGGCUACGACGAUUGGCGCUUAGGAAUCCGUUAUGAGCGGAACGUUUGAACGUUGAGUUUGUGUUUUGCGCUUCCUACUCGUUUUGAAUUUUGAUUACUUUCGAUUCGAUUCCGCUAGCUACGAAAUCAACGGCUUCUUGUAUUCGUGGGAGGCAAUUAAAAAUAUUCAUUUUGGGGUACGACCCGCAGGGUACUUCUUUUUACACGAGGAAAGUCUAUCAAUCGGAAGCGCCCCGGUCAGGGCAAAAAUACCCCGAAAACCAAACCUAGCAUACUCGGAAUAGAUCAGCUUUGAUCUCAACCAGGCUCCGGCCUUGAUUGGUCUGCAAUGGUUUAGAUUUGUAGUUCCUUAUCUUGGACGAUGUUUGUGUAGUUGAAGCUGUCCCCAGCCCGCUCCUGGUGCUGUCGCUAGUGCGAUUAUUGACACUCGCUUGUAGUUCCCUUACUUUUAAUUCUUUCUUCUGCCAUGUUAUUCUUUAAAUAAAUCUCUCGAUUGCGAAGAAGCAGCGCCGGCGACUAGUAAUCGGAUGUGAGUGUUCCUCAGUAAGGCUCCCUUCGGGUUCAUUUCCAAUGUAAGAUCCAAUCAAACGUUAUUGAAUUUCCAUUUUCUCGUCUCGCCGUGACCAUCCCUAGCAGGGAGCGUCGUUCGUCUUUGCAUUUAAUUCAUUAAAGAUUAUUUAUAUCUCAUUGAAUGUCGUUGCCACCGAAUGGUAGCAGGAUGUCGUUUGCCGGUAUCUUACACCUAGGUGAAGGACGAUUCGGUUCCCCAACCCAACGCUAUCUGGUCGUCAUCCUGCGCUUUGAGACGGUUCGUUAUGCUUUUCUUAUUCCAAAAAAGGGAACUCAGUACGACCGACGUCAGGCAACGAUGGAUAGCUCCGGCCCGAGGUCGAAAUUGCCUGCCAGAAGGAAAGGACCAUUUCUAAUCUAAGAUUACUUCCGGUUUCUUAACUCCUCUUUGCACCCUCACGUAAAACUCCUUUCGGCUGAUGGAAUUCAACGUGAUGGCUAGAGUAAACUAGAGCAAUAAGUUCCGUCAGAAGGUACGCCUUCCCAACGACCAAGUCCAAGAAACAAGCAGAAUACAAAUUAAAAAUCAAUUCCACUUUGCACCGCCAACGCCAACGUCCUCACAACUCCCUUUUCGACAGCUGAUUGACUAGCUCAAAUUCUGUCACUCCGUCACAAAACCAUCAGUCGUAAACCCGGGCACGACAGUAUUGACUUCUUUGGCACGGCUGAUUUGGGGAAAAAGUUUUUCGAAAUACCGGAAAUCAUAUAUCGAAAAAACAUCCACCCGCAUAUCCAUAUGCAUGCUAAAGCCAGUGAUUUGGAAAGGAUUGCUGGAAGAUUUGUGUUUUUUGAGCAAGAAAAAAUCAUUCAGCAUUUCUUGGCAAACUAUGGCCCCGCUGCCUUCUUGAACAAAAGCAACAGAACAUUCCGGAACAGAAAAGAAGCUAAAUUUGAUUAUGAAAUGUAUGAAUUGAUGCCAAAACGGUUUUUAGGGCUCCACAAGUCAGGGAGCUCAAACAAAGCGGCAACAAAAACAUCUUUACCUUCGGGGGAAAACUUUUAUCGUUUUGCAAAGAAAACCGAAACCAUCCACCCAUGGGUUUCGAUAGGUGAUUUCCUGUUUCACAUAUGUAUACGUUUGUCGAACCGGGAGCAAUCGGCGUUCGGUGGAGCUUUUGGAGGGAAUAUUGUAGCACAAUGUCAAUCAAACCAAAAACGAUAUGCACAUUGCACGGUGGCCCCGGACACAAUACCAUAUGUAGGCGUUCAUAUUCGCUUGACACGAUUGUCAAAAUUUGACGAUUGAAAGAAUUUGGCUAAGAAUGCAACAACAGGAGACCGGGGCGAGGGGAAAAAAAGAAUGUGUAUGCCCUUUCGUUAAAACUUUUCGACACAGUUUUGAUUGAAAGAUACGCAAUGGUUUGCUUGAAAAAAAUAAACCCACCCAAAAAAAAAACACACUAAACGAGCUCAAUUCUAAAGACUUCCAUUUUUGACUUUGUUAGCGUUCGUUCGUUUAGCCUGCAGUUGGCAAACGGGCGGGGUAGGGCAAACACUGGAGCAAGAUUUUAAGAAACAAAAAUCGAUUUUCCUAACCGGUUCCAACUGCACCAAAUACCCAUUCCUUUACCAACAACCUUCCAUCAGCAAACGCUGACGCUCGUUGCGAAAGUCUAAUUAUCAGCAUCCUUUGCCUCGGUGGGUGGAAAACGUGGGGGCGGAAGGAAACAACAUUCGAUGGCAUUGGCAAGAGGGCGGGUGGGUGGCUGCCUUCAACGGAAUAGACAAGACACAUUCCAUCACCUCGCUCGCUUCGCUUCCAGGGAUGGCAUUAAGCGGAUGGGGCCUGCAACAACUGCAGCGAUGCUAUCUGCGUGGAUGUUUUUGAAAUGCUAAUCCUUCAAAAUCCUGCAUCCUUUCACCCCAUCUCGCCCUGUCAUACCAUUCCCCCCCUACCCAUUCAGCUCCUCUGUUGGCGCGGAAAACAUCGAAAAUCGGAUCUCAGUUCGAACGACCGGAACGUUUUCCUUGUUUGGAGGAACGUUUCCCCGAUUCCAAACCCUGCCCGCGUGACACACUAUCGUCCUCAUGCUCCAUUAUCAGACCAGCCACCGGCGUGGAGCACCCAGUUCAGUACCCGGAGAUCUUACCCGGAGAAAAGUACGCAAAAAUUAAUUCAAUUGUAAUGAAAACUCCAGCAACCGGGGGGAAAAAAUAGGAAACAAAUCCAUUCCGUUCCACUUCUCUCUAUUCGCUACUGUUGGUGCCAAAAAUGCCAAACGAGAACAGCAACGGGCAGGAAUGCUACCGAACCGGAUCCAUGGCAAGGAAGGCGAUCCUCUGUUCGCUGCGAGAUGAACGUAUCGAGUGAGUGAGUUUCCUGUGCGUGAGAAAGCGGGCGAAAGCAAGCGAGUGAGCAUUGCUUAAUGAAACAUGACGUAAGAUAUAAAUCAAAUUAAUAUCCUUUUCGUAAUUAUUCAUUGUAUCAGUUUGGUCUUCUCGUUGUCUUACGUUUUGUCACUGACGUUGUCCUUUCGCUUUGCACAGCUCCAAUGUAGCUGUCGCUUGCUAUUGAAGACGAUAAACGGAAGGCGCAUACUCUAUGUUUCUCCGUUUGGCAGGAUCCGUUGUGGACACCACAAAGCCACUAUGCACACCCGGGCACAUUCGGGAAUGGUCGGGUUUUUGCCUCGGACAAGAGAAACUCUUCUACGGGCUUCUUGUCCGUACAUAAAUAAUUCCAAUCAAAUUAUCCAAUCAUCCGCUACAUUUAAUUCUUGCCUCGUUGGACAUUGGAAUUUACGGUUUCGCGAACAAAAAAGCUUGCCCUACUUCUAUGUAGAUCGAUUGCCGAAUGAUAAACGUUCGAAGUUUUCGUGGCUGAGCGCAAAGGUUUUUUUGGUGUGUGGUAAUUACUUUUUAUCACACCUGCCAGUUGCGGAAAGCACUCACCAACAAGAUGAUGCAUGUUUCCAAGUUAUUCGUACGGAAGUUUUUGGGGAUGAUGAUGUGGCAGAAAGCAACAAACAGAAAAAGAAGGCCGAUGUGUUAGUUUGUGCCAUAAAUUAACCUCGGUUGUAUCACUUCAGCAUCUUUUGCUCAUCUAACCGGCGUGUAUCAUUUGCAGUAGAACGUUAUCAAAUUAUCAUGUACUAAUUUAUUGUCCCUAAUUAUUGUCGCACUGAUGUCAGCAGCAGCACAAACAUGAUGAGUAGAGCGUGGCUGAAUGUAACACCUACCCCCCCAUCAUCCCCCAUUUUCAUCCUUUAUCUAUUAUCUAUUCCUCUCUUUCGCUCUUUCUAUUUCCCCCUCAACCCUCCAUUAGUAAUACGUGUGCAGUGAUAAUUCGUAGCUUUUUCCCUUCAUUUGUUCCGUCAACCGAUUCCAUUGCUUAUCAUUCAGGUAAGGCCGCGUAUGGGUGAAUGAUUUGUUUCAUGUCGGCAACCGUGUAGCUGAAGCAGCAUGGAACGGCGCUGCGCGGGAAAGGGUUAAGAAAAUUAACAAACAAUAAAUCAAUCCACCCCCGGACCGCACACACAGACAAAAGCCUGUGUAAGGUGCGUUUUAAGCUUUCGCGAGCGCCUGUACGGCGCCAUCAUUGACUGAUAAUUGAGCUUCAUUGCGGCUCAAGUGGCCGCCAGCCAGCCCGUUGCUGCCAGCGGCACAAUUUAUCGUUUUGUUUAGCAAAUAUGGUCGUCUUGGUUGAGCAGCAAAGUAGGCCGCACAUAAAGGCAAUGUGACACUCGCACCACGCAUGUGACGCCGUCGUCGAUCGACGAUCAUGCGCCAGGCGACACUGCGCCAAUCGAUCAUAAAACCAUAAAGCUUAAAGCAAUCGUAAACAAGCUGCACCGCUGUUUGGAGUCGGGGAACGAUGACUCGAUAAUUUCCCUUAUACAGAUCAAUCCGACUGGAAAAUGGGGAGCAGAAAUAAAAUACUUUGCUAAACCAUUCCUGGCCAAAAUGGAGCAGAUGGGGGAGAGAGUCAAUUUGCAAUUCUGCUCCGUUUGUUCCGAUUUUUAACGAACGUUCCCCCUCAACAUGUUCGCUUGUUUGCCAAACCCCCCGCCGCUCAACAAUGUCCCCUAGCACGUUCCAAACAUAGGUUCUGAAAUUUCGGUAAUUAGCACGUCGAUGGGAAGACGGAAAAGUUUUCCCUUAUGCUCACAGAAAAACGCACCAUAUUUUGUUCUUUGGUCCUACAACGAGCAAAUUGUCGCUCUUCCGCUGGCAAUGGGAAAAAUGGGGAGAAAAACAGAUUGAUACAUUCGUGAAUCAGGAUUUAUGCUUUUAUUGAAGGUUGGAUUAUUAAAUUUUACUGUUAUUUUCCUUUUCUCAAUGACACUCGCGCGAGACUAUGGCGAACCGGCGAAGAGUGGACGCGUCCCAUCGUCCCGUCGUUCCUUCAAGUCGUUUAAUGUAACGAACGACUCGAAGGACCAACUUUUGACUAACCAUCUCCUUGAGCGCUUGCAACUCUUUUUCGUCGAGUUGAUUUUUCACUUCUGCUGUUGUCGUUUCGAAUAAUCAUCAGCCCGUUGCUUUCAGCGUACAUUUCUGUUUAAACAGCACACGUUUUGUUUGGGGCGGAGGCCCGCAACAUGAGCCGUUGAGUCGCGAAUUGACGAUGAAAAUGGAGUCAAUAAAAUCGUUGUGCAAAUAUCGUCACCAAAACCCGGUGUUUUUCUUUUGCGCCAAAAAGGAUUGGUCUUCACUUACAACAAUCUGCAAUUGUGUGUUUUUGUGUUCCUGCCUCCUAUGAGACUUAAUGCUCGAAACAUUGGGAGAAGGACGUUGAGUGAUAUGACUUGCUUGCAAUAAGACACACAAAGCGAAUGCGAUGAUAUAAAAGGUACAUCUACUAUGUAUCCAAUGUCGAAGUAUUCUAGCCUGGUCGUUAACUAUCAAAUCUGUAUCGGAAGGACAAACAGGCAACAGACAAAAAUGCCACAAAAAAAAGAAAAAGUUUGACAUGCUCUCAGAUCACGCGCGUUUAAUCACUUCUACCAACAACAAAACCGUCCGUCGUUGGGUACGAAUUAGCACGAGUUUGUAUAAGCGGCGGAUUGGGAACCAGAUAAAAAAACGACAUCAUUCCAAGCAAAACUUCCUCCAUCCAAGCUCCAUUAGCGAUGCUUUUAAAAGGGACAAAAACGGUAAAUGCAAAGUUCCGACCGACAGUUCGUCUUAAUCUUACCGAUUCGCUCCUUCCAUUCAAGGCCGGUUCGACUCUUAUCAAAGCUUAGAAAGCGACUUUGACCCCCCCGCAUUGUGGAGGGUUCGUGUUACAAAAUCGUGUCGUCAAUCGUAAAUAUUGAUUACCGUUCCGGAUUUCUAACUCUUCUCGUGGGGUGAGAGUAAGACGGAGCUCCCGAACCGUUCCGUGUUUUCCGUGAUUGUUUGACAAGGCAAACGCUACAGGGGGUGUGGGUCACUUUUUGGUUCGAUCCGUUACCCAACGGCAGAACAGCACCCGAGACGGUCCAAUAAUCCAUCAAUCAAAAAUUAAAACAAGAACAAGUUUUAUCAUGAUUAAAAUGGAACCGUCUUCCGUGUCGCGUAAAAGCGUCAUUCCGAGACGGACGAAACGGAGCAUUGGCUGAUGCCGCCACCAAAAACAGCGAACGAAACCCUGUCAAAACAUCAAACAUUUUUCGAUAUUUAAUCAAUAUAAUUACACCAGAAAACUUUUAUCAUUAAGCUUCGAUCUAAGCUUGUGCCAGUAGGGAAGAUUCGUGCCGAAACACGAUUUACUUCAGGUCGGUGUGUUUUUGCCCCAAAAAAAUGUCUUCCUUCGGUACCGGGUGCAGAAAAAUUUGUUGAGAAAAUCUCAACUCUUCGCGUACUGGUAGCCACCAUUCGCCCUUAGACUUGACUCCCGUGAACACGUGAAAACGCAAACGCAAACGAACGGAAGAUUGUUAAUUAUAAAUUCUGUGUGUGUUUGUGAAAAUUAUCUGCUUUUGGAGGAAAAUUUAUGUUUUUCUUUUGCCUGCAAAUUGCAAUUCCAUCUUUUUCCUUUUCGCAAAACCGCCACCGCCGAUUGUGGCUGAACGGGAAAGAUGAAAGAACUCAUAAUUCUUGAUGAAAUUAUAUUUUCUUCGCUAAAAUUGGCCCACGAAUUCGGUGUGGCACGAAUUUCCCGUGCUGACGAAUGACGGAGAAGAUUUGUUCGAAUCCAUCUACCAUCCAGGGAUGGUCCCCAAUCCCAAAUGCCAUUGAUUUUUGAUUCCAUCGCUCGGUUGUGUUGUGUUGAACCGAUUUAAAAUGUUUCGAUCUCAAACCCUUUUUCAUGCUGAAAUGCUGAAAUGCAAAGCAAGGUCUCCGUUUUGUGUUGUCUUCUGGCAAAGUCUUUAAACGAUCCGUCUCUAAACCGUCCGCUGUGUUUGAUGAUUGCGAGCAGUGGAGUGAGAUUUUGGAGUUUGGCUUGUAAUAUUUAAUUUUCGUCUGUUAAUCCCAUUGCUUCAUAUGGGCGGCUACCGCGGGUACCCUGGCACAGAAAAAGAGCGACACAAUUAAGUCCUCUUCAUUCCUGUAGAAUAAAAAUCGGGUGCCCCGUACCAGAUCCCCGUACUCGUUGCAUAAAGCCGUACGGGACUUUGGGGGGGUGGGAACUGUGGGGUAUCCACUUCGACGGAUGCUUGACGGUUGACUGGCUUCUGGCGAAAAAUCAGUUGUAAUAAAACAACAGCCGACGUCGUCGUCGUCGGAGUGACGGCCCCCUAGAGUCACAUACAUAAACAUACAUACGAUCUGACACACAAACACACCGGCAUAGAGCUGAAGAUGAUACAAGGAGAUCCUUUUGCGAAAGCCAACAGCAUCCAAAUGUUCACCAAAAUCAACUUCACCAACCACUUCAUCUCCUCUUCUUCUACUUGUUCUCUCCAAGAACUGGGAGAGUUCCUCAUCCUCAUUCCCUCAGCACACCCAACACAAGCUUCUCCUCCUCGUACAGCUCACAAAUCAAGCGUUCCCUGUCUCUAACCUUACUGUUCCCUUCCGUCGAUUGGCCUGCCACACACAAAGACAAAACAACAACCCCCAUGCUUCGCAUCCACCCGCUUCAGCGCAUCCACCUAUCAGCCAAUCCCUUCAUUCGCACAACCCGAAUUCGCAUCUUGGAAAAAUGAAAAAUUUCCAAAUUUACCAAUAUAUUCCAUCAUCCUCAUCAUCAUUCGUCUGGGUGCGGAAGGAAGGAAGCGGGUUCCUAGGAAGGAAGGGUGGUCUCCUACUAAUCCUCCCCCAAACACCCACGAACGGAACCGAAACCCUUUCGUUUCGAGUGUUGUCCUCAGUAUCAGCUUCCAUGUUUGCAUGGAAGGAAGGAAGCACCUUGGGACGCAUCAGGGGACAGCAUUGGAACUGAUGCGGGACUGGGCCUGGGGGAGGAAGGAGGAAUUAUAAAUCUAAAUCCUAAAUUAAUGCCACAGUAGUGAGGCAGCAGCGUGAGUGAGUUUUUGAGAACUCCGCACGAAUGCUCCCGAGAGGGAUGGCGAAGGCGAAGGCAACAAAAGGCAGACAUCGAUGUGUCAACCCUUUUUUCCUGCUCCUGGGCAGAUUGGAUCGGCAGGAGGGGCGGGAGGACCACCAUGGAGUGGAGUGUUCGGUUCGAUCGGCGUUCGUUCGUUCGAUGAAUUUUAGAAUCCAACAACGAAUGGCGAAAGGAUGGCAGGGAGGACAAUAUCGACGACGAAACCCUGAACGGAAGGAAUCGGAGAAUCUUUUCAUCCUUAGGAACUGUCACCCCUUUUAUGCAUAAGUGCGCGCGCGUGUGUGUGUGUGUGUAUUUAUUUCCACCAAAAAAGGGUGAAAGGGUUGAUGAGUGGGAAUCAUCAUCAUUACGUCUCAAAGCGAGAGGCCCUUGCGACCUCGUGUUUAGCCAUUACUCACUCUUUAACGGCCAAACGUGCUUGCGCGUGAGUGCGAUUGUGUGUGCUUCGGGAUGUAAUUUUUUACCUCAUCAUCUGAUAAGGUUUUUGCGUAUGUAAAGUAGCUUAGGUGCCGUGUGGGAAUUGGACGCCAUGCUGCAGAUGGUAAAAACCGUGCCAUUAAUAGAAGUGAUAUGAAUCCAGCACAACCUGCAAUGGGCUGUGUGGAUCUAUUUUGAAAUUGAUUAAUUUUUGUAAUUUUAAUUCAAUCAACAAGAAUACCCUUCGUGAUCGUACUGGGUCAUUGCUGAACUUUCUCCUUUUGUGAUUAAAGUCCAGAAAUUGAUACGUGAAACACAAGCAAUGCCCCUCUUUGCAGGUCUGUGUGCCGGUCAAGUAGAAAACUCCUCCAGGAAAGGGAGUUUUAAAAAUCCCUUUUUUCGUUGAUCAUUACAACAACAAAAAAAGCAAAAGAAAACACACAUAUACGGAGGUCGAUUUUUCAUGUUGAAGCUUCGAGGGAUAAAUUUAAUGCUUCCAAUUCCCCGCACUAAUGCGGAGAACCGCUUUUCCUUUUGCCACAGCACACAAGCAAACAGCAAGAUGUACGACUCCGCUUCGCAUCAGCAGAAUUUUCCAUCAAUUUUUGGCUGACAUGAAUUAUAUAUUCAAAUUUCUGUUAUUAAUUGGGUUCGAGCUGCUCCGCUUCGUCCAUCUGUAUAUGUGUGUUUUUGUAACGGGGAGGAGUAUGUGUGGAACUUUUUUUGAUCGCUUGGCCCAUGCCACAUGCAUGGCCAGUCCUUUUUUCCGAAUUUUCCCCCGAUGCCACAGUCGGAAAGGGUUAUUUUUCCUUCCACAAAUUCCACCUCCCCCCCCACUGUCGUCCCUUUUCCUGUUCUGCUCGUGUGCGGGAGAGUGACUUUUUAUGUUUAUUAUUACGAAUUACGACUUUUGAUGUGUGGCAGUCUCGGAGCCAUGAAAGUUGCCCAUCAUCGCUAAUGUGAAGACGUGUGUUAGUGUGCCUUAUGUUUGGGGAUAUACAUUUGUGCUUCUCUCAUGGAUUCUCCUUUGAUUCUGCUUUACUGUUUCAACUGUCUUACAUUGCACGAAUUUCGAUUGAGGUGGAUUUUUUCCUUCAUUUACAAAAUCCAUACAACAAAACUCGGAACACCCCUUGCAUCCCUUACCACCAACCUCCCUCCAACAAAUGCUCUUCCGUUACGCAUCGAACCCCGCAAAUUAACCCUUUUUUUGUGUUGCAGCACCGUAUACAAAUCGUCCUUGUAAGACUACUCGUGCUUAUUGCGAGUAAGGCCACAAACGACGUUACGACGUCCCUCGCGAGACACCACCACCACCAUUGGAUUUGGGUUUGAUUUUUCAUUUCAAAAAUCGAGAGAAUAAUAACUUUUCCCUCUCUGGCGAAUCGGUUUCCUAGCGUGCCAUAAAGCCAGUUCAAACGCUACACAGGGCACGGUGGAAAAUUAUUAAAAAUCGAAUCAUACAGUCCCCUGCACAAGAAAACUCCAGCCGAAAUGUUACGAUCGAAGCUGACUUUUCUGUCUUCCCCCGGGAGGGGGGAGAGAUGGGGCUGGGGUGCCACAACACUCCACAUUCCGAUUAAUCGUCAUCCUCUGUUGCUCCGAUACUGUAGCAUAAAGAGGGUCUGAGAGGGCCAAAACGUGCGGGGUUCGUUCUGAUAUUCCAUUGAAAACGGUAUGUCAUUUCACUUGCCAUCAGAACACUUCUUCCCUGGUUUGGGUUGGGGUUUCGUUUUUUUUUAUAUUCAACUCUCUCACUCAUCAUGGAAAAGUUAUUUCCACCAGUAUUGUUUCGUAUUUGGCGAGCAUCGUUGCCAUUCUAAGCCGCGGUUUUCUAUGUGCACAGCCACAAGAGGUUGUGUUUUCUGCCACCCACCGUAUCACACCCACCGUUUGCCAAUUGUCGUUUGAUUAUUUUAUAUAAUAAAUAUAUGGAAGGUUCAUUUUUUUCUCGCUCUCUCCCCCUCCUCCUUUGGGAGCCCCUUUUCCACUCGGAUGUUUGUGAUGAGAUGUGUUCCUUUCCAUUUGUAGUAGAUAUGUAGAUUUCGCUUCGAUAUUGCUUCCUGUCGUACGGUGGCAUGAAAACCCAUUGGCUUUGGUGAUUCUCCUGAGGAUGAGGAGGAAAAUAUGAAGACAAACCUGGGAAGAACAGGGAAGAUGGUUGUGCCUUGGCUGCUGAAACAAUCAAAACCAAAGCGCACGAACGAACGAAGCGAGCGAGCGAAUGAGAUCCAUACACAUCGUCGUUGUUUAUAUUUUUCAUUAGGAAAUUAAAUGUGUGCUACCGGCGUGGAGUGGUAGAUUUGUGAUCCUUUUUCAUCCACUCACAUUCCACCUCACAGCCCUUUUUCCUGAUAAACUGUCCCCAAGCGUGUGUGUGCUUUGGAAUGGAAUAUGUAUUGAAUUGGAAAUUACUUCUAUCUUCACCACAUUUUGCAAGGAACUGUCGCGGAUGGGACGAACUGGGAAAUAGACAAAGUUUUUUUUUAUUCCACAUCAGCCCAAAAGGAAGAAACGUAUCAAGAGACAAAACAUGAUCCUUUCAGCUUCUGUGUGUUUUUUAUUUCUGGUAUUUGUUUCGUUCACGCCAUACACAAACGGAACCGGUGCUAAGAAAAUUGUACGCCAAAAAAACGAAACAAAACUCCACAACGGAGAGAGCACGGAUACGGAUUUGCAUAUCAAUUAUAAAAAUAAAUUAUAGAAAUCCGUUCCCAGUUGCGUGCGUUUGUGCGGAAAGAUGGAAAGCUGAUGAGCAUUCAAAGUGGCACUGAUCCGCUGUUUGGCUUCGGUUCUCAAAACGGAAUUGAAAUGUGAUUUCUGCACGGGAAAAAUUUUAGCUCGGAGGAGAAAAUUUUCUUCCCAAAAUGAAGCAUUUACUUAAUGGUGGUCCGGAUUGAACCGAAAAUCCGAUGGAGAAAAAAAAAAAAUAAAACGAUAUAUUAAUUUAAAGUUUUUUUUUAUCGUUAGUCAUUGUCUACAUUGCAGUCAUCUUCGAACAGUCUAUUUGCGAAUGUUUGCUGAUAAACCGUUCCGCUUAUCAAGAGUCCAAGUAUAAUCCUUCAAGCACAAAAUGCUUCAGUUUUUUCCGUCACUACCUUCUAGCAAAUGAUGAUUCCAUUUCACACCUGAAUCGCGAGUCUCCAUUCGGUCAUAAAUCAAACGCACGAAACAUUGCAGCAAAGGCAAUGUCACUUGCGUUUCUAGUUAAUUCUUGUUCUUUGCACGCCGUAUCUCUCCAGCGCGUAGUUCAACAGCGAAUGACACGAACGAGCGUUGCUAUAAAUCCGUCCACGAUCAACACGAUCAUUAUGGCAAGAGGCUGUUGACGAUGAUGAUGGUGCAAUCGAGGGUCGGAAGCUUAUUUUUUGGACUUCAUAGUCACGGCCUGUAUGUGGUUUGUGUGUGUGUUUUUGUUGUUUUUUGGGUCACAAUUGCGCAAGCCGCUAGCAACGCCCGCAAGUCACCAGGCACUGGAAGGCGCAAUCCGUAGUAAUUAAAUCAAAUUCAGUUACCAACCCAAAAACCAGUCUCCACCAUCUUAGUCCGUGCGACAAACGGUAAGGUCGGUUAAUGUGUCGGUUAAUUGUUUAAUGUUUAAUUAAUCCCUUCCUCAAAACGCGUCAACUCAAAGUCGUUCGUUCGUGUCUUCGUCAAUGGCAAUGGGUUACACAGAGGGUUAGGCACGAACAAAAAAGAAAGAGUAAAGAAAAGAGUGAACAACAACAGCAACAAAAAAAAGCACGUAACGCAACCAUUUAAGAGACCAGAUACUAAGUGACAUUGAUUAAUAAAAUUUAUUGUUAACUCCUCUUGUCAAACAGACGUGCAAUGUUUGUCCCAUCCGAGUACUCCGCGUACUCGGCUGUCUGUACUGCUGGGUUAUUUGGACAGGCAACACAGCCUGGCAGUGGAAUUUUAUCGUUCAACACCCACAUGUACCCGAAACAGCACAAGCCCUUACCACCGGUUCCGCUGUUCGCUGUUAUCUCUGGCACCGUGGCUCGUGCUUACGAUCUGUUGUUUUUUCAAAGCGCCAGUUCGUCUUUUUUCCCCCGUUGGCCACACGAUUUUAUUUUAUGAUUAUGAUACGCUCAGAUAAGAGCUUGAAAUAGAGCAAUGGUAGAGUAGACACAAGAAAAAAACGCAUCCACUGGCUCAACUAAAUCAAAUAGUCACAAAACAAAUCAUUCUCGAACUGCUUCUUUCGGGGGCGAGCAACGAGAUACACUAUUUACCAUUCGGUGCUCGAUGGCGUUGAUGAUUAUGAUGAUGAUGCUGUUGAUGAUGGUGAUGAUAAGUGGCUUAAGUGUUUGGUCAUUUCAAAAAAAAAUGGAACAAUGUCGCACUGUCGAGAGGACGGUUAAAAAAAAGGUAAAAUAAAUGGAAAACACCUAAAACCGCAGUAAAAGGGGCCUACUGUGACUGUAGGCCGUGUGCACCGAACAAAUAGAACAAAUGUUAUCACCUGACGACAAGUGUAAACGCUAAUGGAAAUUAACUCGCCCGUAAUGAAGCGCGAUGAUUUAUUCGUGGCUCACGUGGUGGAGUCUCACAGCAGGAGCACAGCAACGUUGCUCACAUUCCAAUAGAGUCAGCUUUAAAACUGCACAAGGUCUCUUGUGCCACAAAUCGCAAGCCAAGACAAGCGUUGCCCUGGUAACGCGGCCAGCAUUAAAGCUAUAUCUCGAAUGAAGAGUUUUCCACCGUUUUUUUUUUCUUUCCACCCCCGGAAGCGUUCAAGAAGUCCUGCGGCAGCUCGCAAGAAGAACAGUGACUUCACGAGCCACCACGAGGGCUGCAGUAGAACGGGAAAAAACCGAUACGAAAACGGAAUCGACAAAAACCAGGCCCCAGGUGGAAGGGGAAAUCCCAUCCCAUUUUACGCGAGCGAGAUCGCUACAUUCCGAACAGCAUUCGUGCGCUCUCUGUCUGCGCACCAUAGUGAGAAACCCGCUCGUGAGUUCUCUCACCGCUUGCAUCACGCUCUGGCGUGAUGCUGACGGCUCGCCCCAUUUCGCUUUCGCACGCACCUCACGCUCUCUCGCUUCGUUGUGCUUCGUGCGCGCCUGCUCACACCCGUUCCGACAAACAGAAUCCGAGGGGUUUCGCUGUCGGAAAAUAAACAAUCAACAUCAGAAUACGAAUUCUCAGACACAGAGAAACACAUCUUUUGGUACACGCGGCUCGAUCGCAGCGGUCCGUGAUGCGGCGGUGGUACCGGGUCGUUGAAUCGUUGGACGCGAGCGUAGUGCAGGUGUUUGUUGUAUGUGUUGCGCCCGUCAAUUGCUUUCGGUAACGGCUUGUGUGUUUUUUUCGUUGUUGCCUCUCGUUGUCGUUGUGUGUGGUGCCGUGCUUUUGCUAACCGAAUCCCCGUGAUCGUUUCGUAGUGAGCAAAAAGCGCAGUGUGUGGUGGUGUUUCUUUUCCUCUCGUAAAUCAGCUUCAACGAGCUUUGGCAUUAAGAGACGAACCUCUCGGCGAAUGCAUCACUAUCGAAAAGCAGAAAGAUUUCCGAAUUUACGUGUACAAGUGAGUGAGUGCGUGCGUGCGUGAAUUAUUUGUGUAACAAUCGUGUCGUGUGUUAGUUGUGGUGAGAAGAAAAAUUAAAAAAACAAAGGAAAAUCCAUUUUCCUCAACAAACCAGCAACAGGGCAGGUCAUGAUGGAGAUAUCGCUCCUGUUCGAGGAAGUUGGAAGGCUGCGGACGGCCAUCGCCAAUAUACAGGAAUCGCAUAACCUGCAGAUCCAGCGGCUCGAGGACCGGCUGGAGGAGAAGCGGCAACACAUCGUGCGGCUCGAGUCGCGCAUCGAAAAGCAGCAGGACUUUGACGAUAUCAAAAAGGAAAAUAGUAUGCUUCGCUCGGUGGAUCUGAGUGCGUCACACGAGUCGAAACAAUUCCAGGAGCUAUUGCUCGAACGCACCAAAGCGCUGGCGGCACAAACGGAGGCAAUCAAAUCAUCGUCGACCACUUCGGAAGGAUCCCCACUUAUCAGCGGCCCCAGCAGCAUUGGUGGCAGUGGCGCCAAUGGUGACGGUAGUGCCGGAAGCGGUGCUGCCCCUUCGCAGCCCAUCCGUGCACUUUCUCCCUCGAAUGCUAGCAACAGCAGCUGCAGCAUCACCAGCCAAGCUUUGGUCACCACCGCUUCUAGCAACACCGGUGCGGCUGCGGGCGAUCUGGCCGGUAGCGAAUCGCGUAACAGCACGCACGAUCUCACUAACAGCAACUCGCCAACUAACAACACCAUCACCGCCGCCACCACCACCGGCAUUGCUUCGAGCGAAAUUAACAAUAACUGCUCAUCAACCCCAUCCGGUAUCGGUUGCCCUCCUCCGCCCCUGCCGCAGCCCCCGCUGCAUCCGCCCCUGCUUGCGUCUCGAUCCCCCCAGCCAACCUUACGAUCACCGUCGUCUUCCGUCACCGUCCAGCAACAGCUGUGCGCCCCACCAACGACAGCUGGAGCAGCGGUCACGACGAUGACGACGACCGCCCCGUCCAACCCGAACGAUCCGAUGUCCGGGUUGAGUUCCUUCCUGGCCCCACCGUUGCAGAACGUGGAGCAGUUCGGGUCGUUUCUGGGCGAAGAGCUCGUCAGCAGCUGGCGCCGGGGGGCGCUCGAUCUUCCGCCACCUCCGCCGGGACUGGCAGCGGCAGCUGCCGCCGCUGCUGCUGCCGCCGCCGCCGCCGCGGCACGCAAUCCAGCCUUACUAAUGAACCACCAUCAUGUUGUUAACUCGCCCCCGACAGAUCUACCCACGCUGGCGCAUCAUGCCGCCGGUCUCGACCAGGACAAAGCCAGCAGCCAUCACGAAAACUCAUCCUCCGCCAGCACGCCGAUCCUGCGCGAAGAAACGUCGCGGCACGACGAUCGGCACCUGAACGGUGGCGGUGGCCUCACACCAAUGUCGAUCUCCAAGAGCCCGCUCGAGGACAACAACAACACGCUGGGAGCGCUCAGCCGGCUUGAUGGGGCCGGCUCGGGCAAUCUCAUACAGGGACUUCCGUUUCAAUUCCAAGAGCGGGGACACUUCCGGUUUGCCGACGCUUCCGACAUGCAGAUGCCACCGGGCUCGAUGGUCGGCCGGCUCGGCGACUCGCUCAUCCCCAAGGGUGAUCCGAUGGAGGCGAAGCUGCAGGAGAUGCUUCGCUACAAUAUGGAUAAGUACGCGAACCAGAAUCUGGACACGCUGCACAUUUCGCGACGCGUUCGGGAGCUGCUGUCCGUGCACAAUAUUGGCCAGCGGUUGUUCGCGAAGUACGUGCUCGGUUUGUCCCAGGGUACCGUAUCGGAGCUGCUGUCGAAACCGAAACCCUGGGAUAAGCUAACAGAGAAGGGACGAGACAGCUAUCGGAAGAUGCACGCCUGGGCGUGUGACGAGAACGCCAUCAUGCUGCUCAAAUCUCUAAUUCCGAAGAAAGGUGCAGAACCCGGAAUGCCAUCUUACGGUCGGCCAGACGGUGAUCUCAGCGACGACCGCAUGCAGCAAAUCCUGUCCGAAGCCUCCAUGAUGAAGCGGGGCGAACAGCCCACUCCACAGCAGCAAGCGCACCAUCAGCAGCAAAUGCGCGAACAAAUGCAACUGCAGCAGCAUCAGCUACAGCAGCUUCAUCUCAGCGGACUGGAUGAUUCUACACAGCAUAGUGACAACGACUCCAAAUCUCCACACAACCGCGACGUCCAUUCACCCUUCUCCAAAGACUAUCUCAGCGGGCGUCUGGGAAGUACGGGACGACCCAAAAAGUACGAUAACGACGACAUCUCGCAGGAUAAGAUCGCCAAGAUCUACCAAGAAGAGUUUUCCAAACUGAUGCGCAGUCCUCGAGAGUUCCCAAAUCUUCUAUUUCCACAUUUCCUCAGCGGCGGUAUGCCACCAAUGGAUCGCGUACAAGACGACAAUCUCCGGAUGGCAUUCGAGGCCUACCAUCGUGAACUGGCCAAACUGCAACAAAACGCUUCCGCUGCCCUUCCAGGCAUGCCCAACAUUUCCAAUCUCCCCAACUUCUUGGCACUCCAGCACCAGCAGCAGCAGCAACAACAGCAACCAUCGCAACCUUCCACGCCGUCGGGACAGCCGUCGACUCCAUCGCAACCAUCGCAGCACGCGACGACCGGGUUGAACGGAGGUUCCGCUCAGGAUCUUUCCCUGCCAAAGGAUAAGCAAUCGUCCUCAUCGAAGCUGAACGGUACGAUAUCCGAUGCCGAGUCCGAUGCGGACAUGAGCCAGAAAGAGCUGGAUGAAAGCAUGAAACACAGCGCCUUCAGUCUGGUGAAACCAAAGCCUUCGGAACCGUCGGGCAUCUGUACGCCCACUACGACCGCAUCCUCAGCGGCGCCAAGUCCCAUCGGCAACAGUAUCCUUCCGCCAACGAUCACGCCUACGGACGAUUUCUCCGUUGCUGCCAGUCCACUGCAGCGAAUGGCGUCGAUCACCAACUCGCUCAUCACGCAACCACCCGUCACCCCACAUCACACCACGCAGCAGCGUCCUUUGAAAGCCAUCCUUCCACCCAUCACUCAGCAACAGUUCGACCUGUACAACAAUCUCAACACGGAGGACAUUGUGCGGCGCGUCAAAGAAUCGCUCUCGCAGUACUCGAUCAGCCAGCGACUGUUUGGCGAAUCCGUUCUCGGUCUCUCGCAGGGUUCGGUUAGCGAUCUGCUUGCCCGACCGAAGCCCUGGCACAUGCUGACUCAAAAAGGCCGCGAACCCUUCAUCCGCAUGAAGAUGUUCCUGGAGGACGAAAACGCGGUGCACAAGCUAGUCGCCAGUCAGUAUAAGAUCGCUCCCGAGAAGCUGAUGCGUACGGGUAACUAUAGCGGAACGCCUCAGCUCCCCGGGUUACACAUGCAGAAGCAAAUGCCUCCAACCAUGCCGAAAAUGUUGAGCGACUCGCUCAGCAAGCUGCAGCAAGAUCAGCAGAAAACAUUGCUCCAGCUUCAGAUCUCCCAAAUGCAGCAGCAACUGCCCACAGCCCAAGCUGCUCAAGCCGCCGCACAGCAUCAGCAUCAAUUGGCUGCCGCGGCUGCGGCCGCUGCCGCUGCACACCACGCAGCCCAGGUGCAGGAAGUGCAACGUCAUUCAGCUCAGCAACCACCUUCCUCUCAACCAUCGCCGCUCGGUGCCAUGGGCUCCCAGAACUCCUCCUCACAACAGCGCCCUCAGCAACCUUCGCCACAGACGAUGCUCCUGACGCCUCCAGGCAUUCCUCCUCAGCAUGCAAUUGCUCUGCAGGGCCAUCCAGGGACGCAAGAGAAGAAGUCCUCCAUCAUGAUGCCAAUCCAUUCGCCCGUUCCGCAAGGUCCACCGGUUUCCGUUGGGCAGCAUGCGUCCCAACCGGGAGCACCAAACUCAAUGCGCGGAUCCCUCCAUCAGCACAUCUCACCAACGGUGUACGAAAUGGCCGCGCUAACGCAGGACCUCGAUACGCAGGUGAUCACGACCAAGAUCAAGGAAGCGCUGUUGGCGAACAACAUCGGGCAGAAGAUCUUUGGCGAGGCUGUGCUCGGACUUUCACAAGGUUCCGUUUCGGAAUUGCUGUCCAAACCCAAACCUUGGCAUAUGCUGAGUAUCAAGGGUCGCGAACCAUUCAUUCGCAUGCAGUUGUGGCUGAGCGAUGCGAACAAUGUCGAGCGGCUUCAGGUGCUGAAGAACGAACGACGCGAGGCCAGCAAACGGCGUCGAUCGACAGGGCCCGGUGGACAGGACAAUAGCAGCGAUACCUCCAGCAACGACACGUCCGAGUUUUAUCACUCCAACUCACCCGGGCCUGGUUCGGUUGGGUCGGCUACGGCUCCUCCUAACAAGAAGCAGCGUGUGCUGUUCUCCGAGGAACAGAAGGAAGCUCUCCGGCUCGCUUUUGCCCUCGAUCCGUACCCCAACGUGCAGACAAUCGAAUUUUUGGCUAGUGAGCUCGGGCUGUCGACACGCACGAUCACCAACUGGUUCCACAACCAUCGAAUGCGGCUGAAGCAACAGGUUCCGCACGGUCAACCCUCCGAACCUAUUCCUUCGCGCGAAAACCAAUCCGGAGCACCGUUCGACCCGGUACAGUUCCGCGUACUGCUCGGCCAACGGUUGAUGGAAAUCCAGAAGGAAAGGUUAGGUCUGAGCGGCAUGCCACUUCCCUAUCCGCCUUACUUUGCGGCCACCGCACCUGCCACCAAUCUGGCCGCUCUGAUCGGACGCGGGUUCAUGCCGGGAAGCGAGGCGGAUCUGGCAGCACUGAACAAGAGUAUCAGCGAGCAGAUGAGCGGUCUCGAUCUCUCCAUGCCAUCGACAUUGAAGCGCGAAGGAGAUGACGACUACGAGGACGAUGCCGAAAACGAAGAAGAAGCCGGCAGUGGCCACAUGAGCGAUUCAGAGUCCAUGGACGGAAGCAGCAAACGGGGCGGCGAUGACGACGAUCUUAAGACGUCGCUUUCGCUCGCCAGCCUGCAAGCCAUGUCACGGAUCAGCCGCCGUAAGCCAGCCGCCCCACAGUGGGUCAAUCCGGACUGGCAGGAUCCGGAGAAGAAGACAUCCGCAUCCGCAGCGACGGCCGUCUCCAACAUUCCCUCCGCCAAGAAGGAUGCCGCGGACGCCAUCAUCAACGGUGUGUGUGUUUUGCAGCCGCCCGAUGGUGUACCGUCGGUGCAGCAACGUUUCGCCGCGGCCAUGGCAGCGGCAGCAGCUGCGGCCGUUGCGGCGGCCACCGGUGCAGGAGCGACCGUGCCUUCCCAAAGCCAAGACGACCCGUCGAGUGAUGCGGAAAACGAAGACGAUGACGCCAAGUCGACCCACUCGAAGCACUCCUCCUACGGUUCGGAUGGUAAGCUGGACGAGGAUCGUCCCAGAACUGCGCACGACGAAUCGGAAUCGGAAGCACCGUCCGAUGCGUUGCGACCGGCAGAAGAGACGGCCCGGUCAGGCGGAUCGGAUGCAGCACAGGAGAGCAACGGUAACCGAUCGGGCACCGCAAGUCCCGCUUCCUCCUCGGUAACGGUCAAGAAGGAAAUUCUCGAAGAUAACAACGGUGAUCGGUGGGAUGCUUACUAAAGGCCGGUUUUAAAUCGGAUUGUGUAGAUGAUGCUCGAACACACACGGUGACCGGAAUAUCAGUAUCAGUGCAAUCAAAAUAAUGUGUAACACACACACACCCAACACACCCGCGCACAUCCAAAAUGGACGUUGGACAAACGAAAAGUGUCACCCUGGAGAUGUCCCGCCGUGGUCACUCCGGAAGCAAAAAAAAAAACUACACACACACAAACAAAGAGAAAGUAGGCACGCGCGCUAGCUGUGUAUGUGAUUGUUCUAAACCAUUUUCCUUACGUUCUAUUAUACACGUGUAUUUCCUUCAACACAGAAUCGAUCGACAAAGCGUGAUACGAUCGCAUUUCUUCGUUCUGCUCUGCUUUAUGCUCUUGUACAUAACUUGUUUCAACAAAUUCCUUGUUUUGUUUACUCUAUUUCCCUCGUUUCCCACUCACUAUUUCCCUUAUCGCUAUCGUAAGAAGACUGUUAAAAGUGAAGUUUUAAAAACAACAUAAUAAGCAAGAAGUAAGCAUUGAGGAGAAACAUUAGCACAAAUCACACGAAACGACGGCUAAUACAAAAUCAUACAAAGAGCUGUAAACACACAAAAUGCAUCAAUGCGGCAUGCUCGAUUAGACGGUAAGGUUCAUUAUUUAAACAAGGAAUGGUUUCCACCGUUCACGGAAUAGCAAGAAGACAAAGAAACGAACCCCUUCUUCUUUUGGGUGGGGUAGCUCCACUUGCCCCCGGGGAAAGCAUUAAAUAGAAGGAUCGUUAAGAUUAUCUCGGUUUAGGUUUUAAUAUCGUAUUGUUUCUUUCGCUUAUGUUUUUAAUACAUAGUUUAGCUCGAUCGACUAGAGAGGCAAAGGGGGUUAGGUUUUGUUAAGGAGUGUCCCGCCUUAAGUGGCAGGACAGGAACACACAUACAAAAAAAAAACAAACCGAACGAACCGGUGGCGUUCGUGUUCGAAAUGCAUUUAUAUGUUUUAUCAAAACUUGUAGAUAAACGGGAAAGCCGAAAAUUCCAAACAGUGGAAUGUCUAAUAAACGUACUUAGAGAAAAUUUAAUGCAAAAAAAACAAACAAACAAAACCAAACUAUAAACACAACAUAACGACACAUUCGAAUCCCGACAAACGGACACACAAACACUGGGAAUGAAGUAUCAAAUCAAAAAAAGGGGAAAACGAAGUUUGCACAUAAAAUCAAGAAUCAAUCAAAAUUUAUCUCACCGUUUGUGGGGAGAUGAGAAAAAAAAUACAUAAUACUUUCUCGACGUGUCUCGACGCGGACACAUACUUUUAAUAGAAAUUACACAUACUUUCGCCAUCGUUCGUUUUGUAAAAUACUAAUCACAAACUGAGGGAAUUCGUAGUUAAAAAAAACAAUAAUUCACACACACAUACACACUCAUACAUUGUACACGGACUUGUACCCAUUACAAAACUGAAAAAAGGCCAAAUAUAUUGUUAAAGUCUAAGUAAUUGCUAGCGUUACAGAAUGAUACAGGCUGGGUAGUAGACAGUACGAUCGGGGAUGCGAGAAACCGCUUUGCAUUCGAUGCGUCUUGCGCCAUUUUGUUUUCCCUUCGCGCCCGCGCGCACACACACACACGAUCGUACACUGUGUGAUCGACUGCUCGCAUAAUGUUUUAAUUUUGUAGCCUUCUCGUCCUGAUGCGGUUGCGAGGUAGAAAAACCCCAUGGCUGUUGUGUUGUUUUCUGUCUCUUUUAGCAUCGAUGAAGCGAUCUCAAAUUUCAUACCAAAUAUAUUUAACAAUAAAGCAAGCAAGCAAACAGGCAACACUUCUACAAAACAGCACAGGCUAGGAUGCAGAAAACAAAGGGCGACAUGUUGCGAACGUUAUUCAGAGCAUGUAUUGAAUCAUCUUUUAUCUUCUUUUUUUUACUACUAUUUCCUCCGAAGAUCGAGAAAAAGCGAUGCUUCGAGGCUGUACAUUGUCUUGUACAUAGUUCGAUCGUUACAGAACGAUCAUCGCAGCAUCCUGUCCCAUUGCUUCCAUUCCAUCACUGUAUGAAUUUUUCCCUUCACCCUUUUUCACCCCCCAGGAAAUCCCGCUGUACGUAAAACACUGGCUGAUGGGCUGAUGAGUAGCGAAAGUCCCCCACAGCCGCCAACAGCAAACAAAGUAACGCAUAUCCCGAAUUUAGCGAAAGCAACAGCACCGACUAACGCAGUCGAUCCAUGUUUGCGCAUUUAAUUGGGUAUCCUUACCCUCAUACACGGACACAGACAGACAUUUUAACACGGUUUGGGGAAGGGAUGUAAUAGGCAUCCAAAAAAGGCACAACUGUAUAUUUCAAUACCGUACGUAACCACGUGGGCCGCGAAGCAAGCGAACGGAAGGGAGCCCGGGAUCCGGGAAAAUGGAGUAGAAACCCUGGAGGGACUGAUUUUAGUUUUUACUUUUACUAUAUUAUAUCCCCAACCGUCGAUGGCGAUAUAUUGUUAAACGAAUGUGUAGAGAUUGUGUCCGCAUGCUCUUUACUUAAAACGGCUCGUAAGGAUUUUGCGUUCGAAGCAACUGUUUAACAAAAUGUUUCGAAACAGCCCGGAAGAGCAAAAGCGAGAACAAAUGCCCCCUCAAGAAAGAGUGGGCGAAAGAGCAUCGAAGGAAGAAAGAAUAGCUAGCAAAAGGUUCAACUUUUUUAAUACAUAAGUAAAUCGAAACAAAUUUGAAGUAUAAUACAAGUAAUGGGAAAAAUAAAACACACAAAAAAAAAAUGCGCAAAAGUCGAAACGGGAAAAACAAGAGACGGAUCGAUUUAAGAAUACGUAAUUGCAAGCAUGGCUGAAGAAAAUGAGAAAAAAAAGAAACACAAAGAAUGCAAUAUUAUGAGCGAAUACAUAUGUCAAACAAAACAACACAAUAAUUUUAUGCAAAUAGAACAAAGAGCAAGGAAUGCAAGACGUUUUUCUUUUUAAAAUUUCGGAUUCCGGUAUGAACCCCGCAGAAGGAUGUGAAAAGCUGAACAAAAAACAGCCGUGUGUAGUAUGUAAAGUAGGCAAACAAGCACAUUUUGUUAACUUAUUGUCCGUAGUUCUUCUAUUGAUUAGUUUUUAGGGCGACGGAGAAACUUUUUUGCGAGAAAAUCCCCUUUCCAAAGUCAGCCUGUCCACCCUUUUUCGAUAUGGGCCGGUGGUCGGUGUUGUUUUCGUUUUAAUUGAAAUUGGUUUUUGUUUCGUUUUCGGUUACAUUUUUGUUUGGAUACGGUUUACAUUCUUUUUAUUAAACGAUCAAACAAAACGAUGGUCUGUGGCAAAAACGCUGGGGACCCCUGUACAUAUAGCAUCGAAUGAGCUUUGGUUUGAUUUUCAAAUCAGUAAAUAAUAUUUCUCACAGAAACCGGGGAAAUGUUUUAUUUCACUAAAUUCACAAGAUCAAGUAUUUAAAAGUAUCAGAAGCCAGCGUACCCUUAUUGGAAAAAAGAGAAUCCGUAAUUGUGCAGUAAAAUUGUUUUGCAGUAAUUACAACUUGCCCAAGGUAUAGUCAACGGGUUGACAGCAGACGGAAAUUAAUUAAUAAUCUAAUGAUAAGUACGCGCCACAGCGUGACAGAGCGUGGGAUUGGGGAAAAGUAAAUAAGUAACUUAUCGAGAUUCAAUCGGCUUGUGGAGACAAAACAAAAAACAACAAAACAUGAAAAAAUCAAGCCACUGAUAAGAAUGCAAACACUUUUCGUUUCGUACUUCAAUCAAGUCGGUUUUAGUGGCUAGUGCUGUUCAACUUAACAGUUAGUUGAAGAAUCGAUUCCACAGGAAAAUCACACGUACACACACACCGAUACACAAACACACUGACACAGAUGCACAGACAACUCAAGCAAAAAGCAGCGAAACACGAAACAAACGGAAAAACAAUAAACAAAUGUCUAAGGGAGGAAACGAAGAAAAAGAAGGAAGGCAAACAAGGUAAUGCGAAUUGUACAUACUUAUUAUCAUAUCAUUAUAUUAUAUUGUAUUGAUUAAUAUUAUUACAAACAAGCAAAAGGCAGGAGAAAAAGAAGUAAUGGUAAUACAUUAUUGCAUUGAGCGUAAAAAAAAGAAAACAGUAGACAAAAAAGAGACAAACGAGGCCGAAAAUACAGACAAACACACGCAAAAAACAAAAUCACAAAAUAAGGAAAAAAACCAACAUACAAUUGUAGCGAAAAAAAACGGCCCGACGUACAGCAGUAAUGGAAGUAUAAAUUAUAUUGUCUUCUUUAUGAAUUUCUAUACAAUAAAAUGAAAAUAAAAUAUUAUCUGUAAUGAAUAAUAUAAAACAAAACAUAAA